AUGUUGGUUGCAUUAUGUGCUAUGACGUUCAAUGCUAGUGCCGAACUAACGAAUGCUUGGCUCUUCGGACCCUUAGUCUGUGAUAUAUUUAAUUCACUUGAUGUGUAUUUCUCGAGCGCUUCUAUAUUACAUCUUUGUUGUAUAUCAGUAGACAGAUACUAUGCUAUCGUACGACCUUUGGAAUAUCCUGUUACUAUGACACACAGAACUGUUUGUUUUAUGUUAGCUAACGUAUGGCUAUGUCCAGCUUUUAUUAGUUUUGUUCCAAUAUUUAUGGGAUGGUAUACCACUGAACAACAUCGGCAAUAUCGGAAGCAACAUCCCGAUGUAUGUGUGUUCAAGGUCAAUAUGGUGUACGCGAUCAUCUCUUCUAGUAUUUCUUUCUGGAUACCUAGUGUGGUUAUGAUUUGUAUGUACUGCAGAAUUUUCAAAGAAGCUAUCAGACAAAGGGAAGCGUUAACGAGAACUUCUUCAAACAUUCUUUUGAAUUCGGUCCACUUAAGGCAUACAGCUCACUCUGCUCAUCAUUCUCACUACCUUCAUCCAGACAGAAGACCAUCGGAUAUCAGUCCUAAUUACAGCACUUUCACAGAAGUUGGCCCUGAGGAAACAGAAUUUGGUGGAGAAGUAGUAAUGGCAUUAGGAGAUAUAUGUCCAAGUAAAGAAGCAAGUCCCAGAAAAUCUGUUAACGUCAGUUGCGAUACGGCGAGUUCCGGAUAUUGCUCUGGAGGAUCCAACAAAAGAUCUUCAAGUGGGCAACCACCUAUAGGGUGGAGGCCAAGUUGUUCGUCUGCAGCAGCUACGAAAGAUUUAGCUAAAGCAGCUACUGAACUUAAUUCCCAAGGAGCUACUCUGAGAGCCGCAGGAAAGUCCUGGCGAGCCGAACAUAAAGCUGCACGCACGCUUGGAAUAAUCGUUGGUGCUUUUUUACUGUGUUGGUUGCCAUUCUUUUUAUGGUACGUAACGACAAACGUAUGCGGCGAGCCUUGUGAAACACCAGACGUAGUCGUCGGAGUGCUGUUCUGGAUAGGAUAUUUCAAUUCAGCGCUCAAUCCGCUUAUUUACGCAUAUUUUAAUCGCGACUUUCGAGACGCGUUUAAAAAUACGUUGAUGUGCGCUUUGCCUUGCUGCUUUAGCUGUUGGAAAGACACUGGUGGGACACACUUUGUGUAG